CGUAGAUGAGUGGUAACUAAAGUACUAAUCUAAGUCUGGUUGGUCGGGGUCUGGUGUGGACUGAUCGUUCCCAACUUCCAAUAUACACCACACCUUACAGUGGCUCCCCCCAAUACUUUUACUUGAUAGUCCAUCUCUCUCUAUGAGCAGAUACUAGAAACAUAUGAACAUUACUGCUUCUGCUACAUUCCGCAGCUCAUUCGCAUCGCAUUAAAAGCCUGCUUGUUGCUCUGCUAUCGUGAUAUACAGGAUGUCUCAAACUCGGCCUGCCACCCUCCAAGCAAGGCAAACCCCUCAGGUUCAAACCGCGACUGAAUCGGAAAGUCGCGCAUCAACUGUUCGGAUUUCCGGCAAUAUUAUACUACGUGGAGAAGAGAAUUUAGAUUCUAUCGAUGCUGAUGAAAGAGCUGCUGCUGGUCGUCAUAUAAGAUGGAGCGAGGAUGUUGUCGACAAUGAAGGAAUGGGCAAGAAAAGCUCAAAAGUUUGCUGUAUUUAUCAUAAGUCUCGCCCAGUGGGUGAAAGCAGUUCUGAAUCCGAGUCCUCCGAUUCAGAUACCUCAGAUACAGACAAUGAUGAUGGUGAUGUGCAUCGUUGCGAACACGACCCAGGUUAUUCACAUCACUCUAACCACCGCGAUGGGAGACGGCAGGCUGGUCGAAAACAAAGUGGAGGGAGAAAUAGAAAACCAAGCCCCAAUGCUUACGAGAAAAUGCCAAGGCCAUCGGACAAAGCGAAUCCUUGAAAGAAGGACAUGUUUUUCUCUCGCAUACAGUGAGAACUCGUUGGCCAGCAAUGUCUCCGAAAAGAUUUGGUUCUUUUUGAGAAAGGCGCUUAUGAUGCCUAGCGCAUGGGUCCGGCAGAAGAUACAACAGAAAGGACAUCUGGGCAUCAGCACCGGGGUUGCAUCCUAGAUAGGGUGCAUAGCCUAAUCAUAUCAGAUGGCAUGGCCUUGUAUUCUCUAUAGUUUUACCGGAUACAGGUUUGAUUUUUCUUGUCUAAACAUGUUCCAAGCUCUAUGAGAGUUUCUUGGUCUACCCCAUUGUUUGACAGGACAGAGAUCUGGUACAUAAAAUGAUCUAGCAGACUUGGGCUACCAUAUUGAUAGACGGCAAAGGCAAUGGGACUCUAUGCUUAUCAUGUGCUUUACAGUCUAUAGAGUGUUGAGAGGAUACUUAUAGUCAU